AUGAAAGGCUUAUAUUUUCAACAGAAUUCUACAAAUGAAGAAAUCACAUUUGUAUUUCAAGAAAGGGAAAACCUUCCUGUUACAGAAGACAAUUUUGUGAAACUUCAAGUUAAAGCUUGUGCUCUGAGCCAGAUAAACACAAAGCUUCUGGCAGAAAUGAAGAUGGAGAAAGAUUUCUAUCCUGUUGGGAGAGAAAUUGCUGGAGUUGUAUUAGAUGUCAUAUUUCAAUUAUCUUUCUUAAAUGUUUCAUUUCCAUUUUCAGGCAUUUUACCCCUGGAUUCUGAAGACCCUGGGCUGUGUGAAGUCAUUAGAGUGCAUGAGCAUUAUUUGGUUCAUAAACCAGAAAAGGUUACAUGGAUAGAAGCAGCUGGAACCAUUCGUGAUGGAGUACAAGCCUAUACUGCUCUACAUUAUCUUUCUCAUCUCUCUCCUGGCAAAUCAGUGCUGAUAAUGGAUGGAGCAAGUGCAUUUGGUACAAUAGCUAUUCAGUUAGCGCACCAUCGAGGAGCGAAAGUGAUUUCAACAGCAUACAGCCUUGAAGACAAGCAAUGCCUUGAGAGAUUUAGACCGACUAUAGCCCGAGUGGUCGAUGUAUCUAAUGGCAAAGUCCAUGUUGCUGAAAGCUGUUUAGAAGAAACAGGUGGCCUAGGAAUAGACAUUGUCCUAGAUGCUGGAGUGAGAUUAUAUGGUAAAGAUGAUGAACCUGCUAAGAAGCAACAACUUCUGCCACAUAAACACGAUAUCAUCACACUUCUAGGUGUUGGAGGCCACUGGGUAACAAGAGAAGAAAACCUUCAGUUGGAUCCUCCAGACAGCCACUGCCUUUUCCUCAAAGGAGCAACAGUGUCUUUCCUUAACGAUGAAGUUUGGAAUUUGUCAAAUGCACAACAAGGAAAAUAUCUUUGUAUCUUAAAAGAUGUUAUGGAGAAGUUAUCAACCGGUAUUUUUAGACCUCAAUUGGAUGAGCCCAUUCCACUGUAUGAGGCAAAAGUUUCCAUGGAAGUUAUUCAAAAAAAUCAAGAAAGAAAAAAGCAAGUUGUUCAAUUUUAA